UUCAGCACGCACACAGAAUGACAUGGUCGUACCACUGGAGAGCUGGACCUUGCACCGAUUCUUUAUUUGAUCACACAUUGGAUCGGAGCGGUCGAUGUAAAAAUGCUAAGUCUGAGGAUGUUUAACUUUUGAUUCAACAAACACUCUGCAAAGAGCCGUGCACAGAGGAGAGAAAAACAGACGGACAGAGAUGGAGACAAGCCCAGUGCCUCCAAAGCCCCCGAGACUGGUGGUGGAAGAAGAAAAUGCUCUGGUAUCCCAGGUGCUGGAGAUCAUCGGUGGCAUCACUCUCGAGGCCCUGCAGACCCUGGAUCAGCCCGAGGAGAGAGACGUGUGGUCGACGGAGGAGGGAGAUGACUCUGUGUUCUACAGCGACGAGGACCAAACUCAUCCGAAUACGAAAGACGACACAUCUUGUGAUUUUGGUGCAAAUGAAGCAGCUGAAGAACCCGUCCCACAGACGGAGGGCGAUCGAGGAGCAGACGUCUCCAGUGACAAAGAGAAUUCAGAGAUGGAGAUGGAAGCGUCGUCGCAGUUCAUCCUGGCAGAUCAAGUAGAGGAACGCCAAGAGCUCCAGAUGUGUGAAACUGAACAUAUGCAUCAGUCAGAUUCUCCAGAUCCUGGAGCAGAAGCUGGUCCAGGAUCUGGACACUUGGCGGGCACCAGUGGAGAAUCUCUGCUACCGAAUGCAGAUAUAGAAACACAGGCUGGACAGAAUGGAUCACCAGACACAGCAAAUCUACAAGUUGAGGAGGAACGAGUGCUCGGGGCUCAGACACCAAACCUUGAACCUAUGGCUGUAACUAACGAGGAGAGUUCUACGAGGCAGAACGUGGAGACAGAAGUCCCAAAAGAGACGCCCAGCGCCGAACUCCAGAUAUCAGUCGACAGACAAAUGAAGGUGGACCAGCAGCCAGAGCAGGGCUGCGACUUGCAUGCUCCCGUGGGGUUUCACCGGGGCUGCAGUCCGGGCUACUCCACCCUGCCACUGCCGAAGAAAUCCAGCGGCAGCGCCGGUAACCAGAGAUCCUUCGAUCACCUCACCACCACCUCCACGUACAGCACUGUGUCCUACCGCAAGAUCCGCAGAGGCAACACCCGCCAGAGGAUAGAGGAGUUUGAGUACAUGAUAAUGCAUUUAUGAGGUGGAACCCCCUCCCCACUGCUGGACAUGAACCAGAAUAAAAGUUUUCAUAUUCAUUAGCUCUAAAACUUACUUGUAGAAGGUAUUGAAAAAUCUUUUAUAUAAAUCUGCAGGUGUCACAAACAUAACAAGCAAGAUUUCUAAACGAACCGUUUCCUGUUUCUAUCUGUUGUGUUGCCUCCUAAUUGGAGAGGAAAGAGUCAUCUCAUAUCCAAGAGGAACUUUUGGUUCUUCUUUUGGGUUCAGCCUGAAAACAUCAUUACGUAAGGCAGGUAUUUGAACAGCAGAUUACUCCGAUAAGAAGCUCUGAGAUUUAUAAUCCUACUAGCUAUAACAACCGAGAUGUUGUUUGGUAUAAGAGCUUGAGCAUCUGAACCCCUGGGGAGAGAGACUCUGGAGUAGUGAAACUAUUAGGGUGAGUAUUGUUGAGUGAUUAAUUACACAUACAUGCUUAAUCCACUCAGCCUCAUGGCUAGUGGAGAAGAAAAUAACCCCAAAAAUAAAGAGAUACAUGCUUGAAAUCUU